AUGGGAUCCAACUUCCAGGUCACUAUCCCUGCGAGCGAUCCCUCAAAAGAGAGAAACCGUCACACAGAAGCCUCACAUAUCCAAACGGCGCUCAAGGAACCACCGUCUCUCGAGUUUUUAUGUCAAGACUGCCUCAAUCUGGAUCUUUCCAACGCUUUGUCAGUCGAGGAUGCAUCCGUUUCUGUUCCCUGGGGAUACUUCAACAACUGGGCCGUUGAUGUUGGCCAUCGAUACCGAGUGACGAGAACGACGAACUGCAACCUGUGCCAAAUGCUCUUCAAAUCUCGUAUCGAUGAAGAAGAUCCUACGUUGGAUGGCGAUGCCGACUGGAUAAGAGUAGUGUCCUUUUCGAAAUUUUCUGGCUUAGCUCCGAAAAGGUCUGAGUUUUGGAACUCAAAUAACUUUCCGAUUCUAAUGCUGCUCCCCCACAAAAGCUAUGAUCUGAGCAAGAAUUACGAAAGAGUCAAGGAUCCUAUCCAAUCGUCUGGAUAUGCAGCGCUCCGGCAGCUCAACCGGCAACAGGCAGUAUCUUUAUCACUAAAGGCAAUACCUCCAGUAUUGGAUUUGGGCACAUUAAAAAAUUGGUUCGACUACUGCAACCACGAUCAUGUGUCGCUCUGUCGCCAUCCAAAGUCGGAUUUGCGUGGCACACACGUUAUUGAUUGCCAGGAGCAAUGUGUUACUGAACAUGAGCCUGGCAUGCCGUAUGUCGCCUUGAGCUACGUUUGGGGACAUCCGCAGAAGCAAACACAGGUAUUUGAUGGAAAGCGACUACCUGCUCAACUCCCAUUGCUUAUCCGAGAUGCCAUGGCGGUUACUCGGGCAAUGGGAUUCCGAUACCUAUGGGUAGACCGAUACUGCAUUGAUCAGAGCAAUCCAACAGUCAAGCAUGAGCAAAUUCGUCAGAUGGAUGUAAUAUAUAGCAGUGCUGAAGUGACUAUAAUCGCUGCGGCAGGCCAAGAUGAGAACUACGGUCUCUCAGGAAUAGGAAGAAAUCGCCCAGCAACCCAAACGGCGCAUAUUGGCGAUGUCGCAGUAGUAUGGGCACCAGGGGACCCCCAAGCAGCAAUCAAAUCAUCCAAAUGGUCUACUCGAGGCUGGACUUUUCAGGAAGCGCUCCUCAGCCGUCGCCGCCUUGUUUUUACAGAACAGCAGGUUUAUUUUGAGUGCAACGCAAUGAACAUCUAUGAGAGCCUCGACAUCCCUCUCGAUCACUUGCACAUCCUAGACAGAAGCAAAAGCUACGAGUACCUGCGACGUGGAGUUUUCGGCGGGCAUCGGGGAGCGGCAUUCGGCAGGCUCAUCUUCGAAAGCCGGGGACCGGGAGAGGCCUUCAGUCGAUAUCUGUCGAAUGUAGAAGAGUAUUCUGCCAGGAAAUUGACUUAUGCCGAGGACUCCCUGAACGCGUUUCGAGGCAUCGCGCAACAGUUUUGGUACGGGAAGCACGCAGUCCACAAUAUUUGGGGGCUUGCAUAUUACCCAACACCCCCGGAAGAACGAACAUCUAGUUUCGCGCAUUCAUUACCCUGGCAUCACAAAAAGAAUUGCUGGGACCUCUCACAGAGUCCGCGACGGCGACCGCAGUUCCCUUCCUGGUCUUGGGCAGGAUGGGAGGGCGAAGUCAGAUAUACAUUUAUCUGGUCUAAGCAGACGUUGUGGUUUCAUAAUCUGAUGAAGGCCGUUUCAUUCGAGAAUCAGAUCCAUAGUCCCAUUGGACUGGAGAUGAUCGCCCCAAGCCCUGAUGAGACUUGUAUUUUCCCGAUUGUGACACUCACCGCAGCAGUGGUUCCCCCGAAGCUCAUUUCCUUUCACCCCAAUGCAAUUUCGGACAAACACUGGCAGGUUGGAGAAUACAAGGCCGACCUGGCAUUGUCUUAUGGCUCUGUGUCUGAAGGUCAAUUUGCAACAGAUGUUCACGAUAGUCAUACAUGGCAAUGUGUGUGCAUCGGAGCGGAUCUCGGAAAAUCGUUGGUCAUGAUUUUGAAAGCAGAUGACGGUUCGGACGUGUGGGGACGGGCUGGAGUGUUUGUGAUUGAGUGCUACGAGCCCGAUAUGAAAGAUAUGAUGGAAACAUGGGAAUAUAAAUCGUUUAGAGUUGGAUAA